UACUGCAAUAUAAACCAUGGGAGUUUUCGACGAUUUCCCGAGCCUCGACCAUCCAGUUCAUCUGUGGCACUUGCCUUCCACGGAGCCGGGUGUCGAUAUUUUUUUGCCCAUCCAGUCCUGUGGAAGUCGUCGAUGUGGGCGGAAGUUUUGACUCGGGUUGUCUUCAAGACUCAAAAUAUUGUGGUGACAUUUUCACCCCCGGGAAAAUUGUCUCUCCUGGUCUAAGUGAGAUCUGGGAAAGUGUGUUAAAAAAAAAUUGUGAAAGGAUAAAAAAAAUAAAUUGUGGAGUAAUCUGAGUUCGUGAUAGCCUGGAGAUUGUUCUAUCUGGCUAUUUGGUGAUGGUGAGGAGUAUAAACCCGAUGGACUGAAAAUUGUGAAGACAAGAGAUUAAAUUCAUUAUCUACUCAAACAAUUUGCCACUAUUUGUGGUGAUAUAUAUCAUACAGAAGGGAUUCUUUGUGAGCAUUGGUGUUGCGGGUGGUUUAGUGUUGGGUGGAAAAGUGUACCAUCCCUGUUUUGUUGGAUAAUCUCGCUGAAUGAAUUGUUUAUUCGCGGAUUGUCAGGGAUAGUGAGAUAGUGUAAGUUAAUGAGUGAAUUAGACCCUCAUUUUUUUCUGGAUUUAAAACGCACGUGGAUUUAUAGCUAUUAGCAGAUCAGACGUGGUGUCAGAUUUCAAUUUAAUAAACAAUUUACCUGACGACCCCCCCACAAAGUCUCUUACCCCACGCGCCUCAUAACUUCCUUCAACGCGCCGGGGGAUUUUGUGCCGGAAAGAAGAGACAUUUUUCACGGGUUUUCCCUUCUGUAAUUAACUGAAAUCCAAUCUACUGCUAAUUAUAUCAACCACGAAAAGUGUGCCAACGACCGCUAAGGGUGCACAGCACAUCCUCGUAGGGUGAAACCAGGAAGAACUGCCAUUUUCCGCGCAGUUAUCAUUAAAGAAUCACCAGUCGGGAGGACAAUGUGACAAUGAGGUAGAGGUACAACAAGCCGGAAAAAUGGUGAAAAACCCAGAGACAUAAGAGUAUCAAAUGGAGAGACAUAAAACGUUCUAUUGAGUGAUUAAUCUCAGAAGGAGUGAGACACGUGAAGCAGUUUUGGGUGAGUCUUCGACUAAUAAGGAGAAUGUGGGAAGAUGAUUGAAUUGAAAAAUGGACAUCUAUUACUUAGCAGCUAUUCUCGUGGUGGUGACACAGUGUUUAUGUGACGAUUGGACGUCUAGUUGUCCUCCAAAGUGCAUCUGUAAGUGGAUAAAUGGGAAGAAGUCGGCACAGUGCAAUGCUCUUGAGCUCACAAGUAUUCCAACGCAGCUGAGUACAGAAGUCCAAGUGCUGGCACUCAAUGAAAAUCACAUUGGGAAUCUCAAUAGGGAUGAGUUUACAUCGCGUGGAUUGGUCAAUUUGCAGAGAAUCUACGUGAAGGCAUCCCAUGUGAGGCAUUUGCAUCGAGACACUUUCCGGGAUCUCAAGAUUCUUGUGGAAAUUGAUCUGAGUGGGAAUGAGAUUGAGUCACUGGAGCGUGAAACUUUUGCUGGGAAUGACCGUUUAAGGUUACUCUACCUCUACGGCAAUCCGCUAAGGCGACUCGUAGCCAACCAAUUUCCACCGCUUCCGCAUCUUCGAAGUCUCGAUUUGCACGAUUGUCGACUAGAUUAUGUGGCAUCGACAGCGUUUAAGAAUGUCGCUCUAGUGGAAUUCUUGAGUCUUAAGAAUAAUUUGCUAGAGACCUUACCUGCCGAUGUUUUCUUCCAUAUGAAGAACCUGAAAACCCUAACACUGGAUGAGAAUCCAUGGAACUGUGACUGCAGGUUGAGGCAUUUUCGCAAUUGGUACCUUCAGCAUUAUUCUCAUGGGAACAGCCUAACCUGCAAGCGCCCAUUCACCUUCUCAGGACGAAUAUGGGAACAGGUGGCGGAGGAUCAAUUUGGAUGCGCACCGCGUGUCGAAUUGUUCAGCGAUGGUCUCCUCAGUGAGGAUAUCGGAAGCAAUGUGUCCUACCAUUGUUUAGUAACAGGGGAUCCCAAACCAGAAAUCAUUUGGGAUUUCAAUGGUAAGAUUCUAGACAGCGACAGCUUGCUGUAUAGUCUCGAAAGCAGUGGUCCGGAAAGUAUUGGUGAGGUAUGGGAUCAACAAGCCUGGAGUAACCUCACCAUCUUCAAUGUGACCAAUUACGAUUCGGGCGUAUACACAUGUUCAGCCCGGAACAUUGUAGGCUCUACCAGCCGCAAUGCCACGCUAUUCCUGCAGGAAGUGGCUCGAGGGGUGAUUGUGAAGACACCUGAGACUUUUUGGUAUUUCGGGUUGAUUCUAGGAACAUUUGGAACAGUUUUUACGCUAAUUCUGAUCUCAGUGGCGGUUUGUGUGUGUCGUAAGGCCAUGCGAAGGCGCUCGAGUAAGAAGAACAUCAAGGGUAGUGUGAGUUUCAAUGAUCAGGAGAAGAAGCUCCUGGAUCUCAGUAUAACGACCAAUGAGCGUCAGGAUAGCUGCGAAAUGGCCAAUACGCCGUCCACAAAUAAGACAAGUGAAUCAGUGAUAGCCCUCGAGCCUGUGCAAAUAACUAUUGAGAAUAUUUCGCGGAAUGAGGAAUUUCCACUUAAUGUGGGUGUUUUUCCGCCACCUCCGGAAUUUUGUUCGAGUGUCCUACCAAAUCCAACCUAUGGGAACAUUUUUAUCUCUGUGUCUGUGGCACCAGAGACACUCGAUAAUCCGGACAUGUAUCCCGAUUUGUUGAACAUACCCAACAGAGUGAAAGGGAAGAUCCUGCCCAUGAGUGUGUCCUCGGCGUAUGCCACACUUCCACGGCACAGCCGGCACCAUCAUGUGCCCGGGACCACAAACCUUGGGCCCAAGAAUGACGUUCCCACAAUCCAUGAGGAUGACGUUGUGAAUUACCACAAUCUAGAGAGUAGCUAUGCAUGCGUCGGUGAUCACUGUCCUGGAGCUAGCUGCCGGAGGCACCAUCAAACCUGCCUGGGUCAGGAAACUUCCUUCGUUCCCACCCAGCUCGAUGACAGCGCCCUCAAGUGCAACGAGAGCUUCCUCUGCCCCAAGUACGACAAUAUGGGACGACGAAUUACAGCCAGUGGCAAUUCGACCCUUUCCCUGCCCGACGAGGAGAACCUCGAGCGUGAAAUGUUCGCCAAUUCGGUGAAGGAGGAUGUCCUCAAGGAGAUCCCAACACCCCCGCUGCCGCCCGCAACGACUGCUAUUGCUGGAAAUGACUUUGUCUCCCUGUAGCUCCCACUCUCAUGCCCACCCUCGGCAACCUCUGGAAAAUUGCCCAUCCGCCCUGUGGUUCGACACAUUCUAUCGCGAUUUUAUGGGUUUUUCUGACUUCCGCUGCUGACCACACUCAGAGAAAUUAAUGCUAAGGGGUUGCGCUAAGGGUAAGUUUAACACUUUUUUCUUUCUCAAAUACUAAAUUGUCAAUUUUCUUUCAACCAAGUGAUGGAUCACUUGCCUCAUAUUGAAGCAAAUGCAAUUCAUUGUUUAUUUGCCAUUACUAUGGCAAUAUUUUAUGUUACAAUGAAUUUAAUCUACGUUUAUUAAGUAAAAGUAGCCGUUAAUGUGGGAAUAUUUGAAGAUAGGUAAACGUGAAGUGAAUGAAUGGCGAAUUUUCGAACUUAUCAAUUAAUUUAUUUCUAGGAAUAAAACAAUCUAUUACUACUCUUUUGCUUUAGGGUAAUUAAAGCUAAAGAUUCAGUUUUGUUUUAAAAUCUGAAUGGUAUUGUUUUGAAUGUUUGUUUUCGAUUUGGAAAUUGCAAUUUGAAGUUCUCUUUUGCAAAUACGUUGUUCGUAAAUGGAUGUUUGUACAAAGAAACGUUUUUAGAAACACAUUAAUGCAUUCAUGAAAGAAUAAAAAGUUUCUUGGAAAAUGGAAAUGCGUUCGAGAAUUACGGAAAGCUUUUGGAAAAAAACAAAUUCGGUUUCAUAAGCGAGGAAAGGAAUUCAAGAAACACUGAAACGUUUCUUCAAACACGAAACACUUUAAAAAGUUUAUAAACGUUCUUAGAAACAUGGAAACAUCUUCAAAGAUACAAAUAAAUUAGGAAAACCUUUCAAGGAGCGUGAAUACGUAUACACAAGGUACGGUAACGUUCCCAGAAAUGCUGAAACUGUUCUAAGAGCGAUCGAAUUUAUUGAAUUUUAAUUUAUUCGGAAUUGAGAGCGCUAGAAAUGGAUAAAAUAGAAUGUUAAGUGCAUUUCGUAAGGAUGUUAAGCAUUUGUCCUUGGGGAAUACAUGAAGGAAUAGUUCAAGGUCAUUAUCAUAAUAAACUUAAAAAACACUUUUUACACUUCUUUUGAAGUAAAUCCAAAAAUAAGGUCAAAAUAUUCGCGGGGCAGCUGGCUAUGGACAUGGGUGAUCCUAGAAGGCUCAAGAAAUUGAAACCUUCAGACCUCUUUUUAUAUUUGUAAAGUAUUUUAUAUGGGGUUGCUCUAAAAUUGUAACCUCUCUGUCAUUUUCACUCUUCACCAGAAAAGCCUAUUGUAAUUAAAUUACAGAUUGCUUAAAUAAAUUGUGACACACUAAAAAAAAAAAA